CCACGGUCUCCAUUCAACUCUACAACCAAAGACCUGCUCCUGAAACCUUCAACGUUUUUGCUUCUGUUCAGUGACUCAAACAAGACUUCAACAUGGUGUCGAUGGGACGACAGAUGCUGGGCUUAAUCCUGGCCAUCAUUGGCUUCCUGGCGACCAUCAUUGUGUGUGCCUUGCCCAUGUGGAAGGUCACAGCCUUCAUUGGAGCCAACAUAGUGACAGCGCAGAUCAUCUGGGAAGGCUUGUGGAUGAACUGUGUGAUGCAGAGCACAGGCCAGAUGCAGUGCAAGAUCUAUGAUUCUUUGCUGGCUCUACCUCAGGACCUUCAGGCUGCCAGAGCUCUUGUGAUCGUUUCCAUCAUCGCUGCUGCCUUUGGUGUCAUCCUGGGCAUCGUGGGAGGCAAGUGCACCAACUUUAUGCAGGAUGAAAUUUCCAAAGUCAAGGUGGCCAUUGCUGCUGGAGUCGUCUUCAUCAUUGCCGGUGUUCUUGUCCUCGUCCCUGUCUGCUGGUCUGCCAACACCAUCGUCAGAGAUUUCUACAAUCCCCUUUUGACCGACCCUCAGAGGAGAGAGAUGGGGGCUUCGCUCUACAUCGGCUGGGGUGCAGCUGGGCUUCUCAUCCUGGGUGGUGGUCUCCUCUGUAGCUCCUGCCCUCCCAAAGACAGCCCAGAGUAUCCAGUCAAGUACUCCGGUGUGAGGUCGACAGCAACCAGCCAAGCCUACGUCUGAGAGAUCGAUUCUCUUGAGAAAGACUGCAAAUUAUUUUACUUUUGUUAGGUGAUCCUCCUUCAUUGUGAGUUUCUCACUUUUUUGUGACAUACAGUGAGAACAAAUUUACUGAGAAAUUCAGAUUUCUUUGGUGGAGGCAAGAGUGUUUCUUGAGGAAAGAAAAACACUGUGGUAUGAAACUACAGUACUGGCAAAAAAAACUCUUUCAGUAUACUGACUGGACUGAAUGAGAGCUAUUCAAUAUCAAACUUAUAACAAACUAAAUUUGCCUCUGAAUGUUAAGUAAAUCUAUGCUGUGCUAGAAUAAUGUUAAUGGUUGAUAAAAGCUAUGAUUGACAGAAAUUUUUACUUUACCACUGAUACAUUGUGAAUUUACUGUAGAUAAUAUUUUACAAAUAUCUUAUAAACCAUAUGCAGCACCAACCAAAUACUAUUAAUAUCUAUUGCACUAUAAUUGCAAUAUAAUAUAAUAACUAUUAAUAUCUUUUGCACUAUAACUAUUAUAAUUGAAAGGACAGAAAGAGAAUAAAGACUGAGAUUUCUGCCAUGAGGCCUUCACAAACUUGUUAUCCCAUUAUAGAAAGUAAAAUUGCACAACACUACACAUUGUAUUUCUAGAGGAUGGUAUGUGAUCCAAUACAUUGUUGUGAUUUAAAAUUAAUUUACUCAAACAGUCACUGUGACCUUUGAUUAUUAUAAAUCUUUCAUAUUUUUAUUUCUUUUGGAUUGAUUUUUUGCAUUCAAGUAGAAAUAUUUGCAGUUCAUGAUGUCUGGAAUAUUGUAUCAACAUUUUUGUGAAGGUUGCAUUGUUUUUUCAUAAGGAAGUCAGUGUCAAUUUAUUUAUUUCUUCGUCAUACAAAGCAGAUUUUGUAGAGUGAUGAUUAUGAUGUGGUUUUUUUUGUAAAUGCCACUUUAUUUUUCGAGAUUAUAUAACAGAAUUUCAAUAAAACAUUUGUGGUAUAUUCACA